CUGUCCCCGCAACUGUCCGAACCAGCAGAAAUAGGGUUGCAGGAGAUGGCCCAAUACCGACCCUUCCUAAGCCCGCUGCUGGCUGUAACCCCUACACACAUGUACAGAGAACAAAACAAGAGUGGGUAUGAAAGUACAGAGGAGAUGGAGUCAAUGAAAGGUGUCGGUGAAGAUGUGCGAGAUUCCGAUCUUGAUGAGUUAAGGAAAAAAAGGUUGGCCUACUUCUCUCAGUCCAAGGAAGAAAGUGAUAUUCCAGUGACAAUUGAGUCAAGUACUGAGAAGAAUGGCAACAAAGGACCAGAGGCAGGACAGCGUGUGGAUGUGCCGUUCAGGAAACAGUCUGCAUGUAAAGACUCUGUUGUUAAAAGAGGCAAUGUAAAGCCGAGACAAUCUGAAAAGGAUGACAUUAUUGACACCCUGUCAGAAAAAGAAUCCCUGCCACAUUCCACGACUAAGGCAAGCUCAGUCACAAAAACUGUUAAUUUUUUCAGAGAACCUUCAUCUUUAUCACAAGGAACCCUGGUGAACUCUGAACAGGAGGGUGUAGGAGUGUGGAAUUGUCUGACACACAAUGGAAUUCCUAACAGUUAUUGUCACAUGGUUGCAAGCACUGAUAUAGAACAGUUAGGCUUGUCCACCCACAGACCUGAUUCUAAUAGAGCGCUACAACUAGAGACAGGAAAUAGAGCUUUAGAAUCUUUCACUGCCCCCAGAGCUACAGGGCGUGUCGUGAAUGAAGGGCUGGGUGCGUUGGAAGAUACCCUGUGUGAUAGCGAACUGCGACAGUUGCUAGGGGAAGAAAAGUAUCAGGAAUUCCUGGAAAAGUCCCGACGAGAUAUCGAGGCUUUAAAACUGGAAAGGAAAAACUCUCCAGGGAGACUGAGUGAUCGCAAGGGCAAAAAUGCCAGUAACUUUAUCAACAGUGGAGGGAGGGAAGAAAGUAUGGAUUUCAAAAAGGGAGAUAAUUCUAAACUGUCUGAGGAUCUGUUCCCACAGAGAUUGAACAGACCCAAACAUGCCCCCGCCCUGGUGUCCAGUUUUGUGGUGAAGUCUAGGGGUGAGCUGGACAGGGAACUGCCACUAGCUCAUAAGGAUUACGGAGUGAGGAACUAUGAUCAGACAUCAAUGUCCCCAAACGUGGUCUAUUCCAGUAACCAGAUCUACAAGCAGGCCUAUGAUGAAAUUCCGCACAACCCGUAUUUGAAUUACAAUGGCAUGUACCAGGGCACCCCACAAACUUUCUCCCCAAGGGACUUAGAGACUCUGAUGUAUCAAGGCUACCCAGCUCCCAGUUACAGGUGCGUGAACAUGGAGCGCCAGCCAAAUCACAUGUAUGGACAGCCUAUGAUGUUUUACUCUAGUCCAAACCACCCGGCCUCUUCCAUGAUGCCACAUUCUCCACACCCAACCAUCUUCGCCAGUCCCCGUCACCCAUUCUCUCCCCACCCACCACAUUCUGGAAGAGGUUCUGUGACUAUGUCGCAGAAUGUACCCAUGUCAUAUCCCUACAGUGGGUCAUCACACCAAAGCCCACAGGUCUACCACCCAGUCCCCCAGCCACCCUGGGGUCCACCCCAUGGACAGACCUCAGACGAUUACAUCCCGACAAGUCAGCCACUGACUCAGCCACAAGAUGGAUCACACCAUCACAGAACCUGUGGUUACAGGCAUGAAUCGUACCAUCACCAGCCUUUGGUCAAUGGUCAGCACUUCGAGCCUGCCCACAAGGACAUCUGCGUCCCUGGAACUCAACUAGAUGGACUGACCCCCAGUGCGAAUUACACGGUUGAUUCUCCCAUCCCCCACCCCCCAGCUGGUCACAUGCCCGCUGUCAGACACACGCACAGGGAACAUGUGGACGGGGUGCGUCACUUUCAUGAAAAUAGGCGCAGACAAGGAGCUACAGAUGUUAAGGAACUGAAUUCCUCAGAGCAGUAUGCAGUUGACAGGCUAGAGAAAUACUUUUCGUCUAUAGAGAGCUACUACGUACCAAAAGCAGGUAGGAGUUUUACUAGUCUGGAUGAAGAGCACUUAACUGCCCAGACAGAAUCACCCAUGGACGAGGAACUGGAAACACUGGUAGCCAGUACAAUCACCAACCUUAAGGCAGGAGGGGUCACAGAGAGGCUGAAAGAACUGGGUAUCGACGUCCCAUUUCUGAACUGCCCAUUACCUCGUACUGAAGCGAAUGGUGAUAGCAGCCAGAGGAACUGCAUUUCCUCCAAAAAGAAGACGGUGACUGAACCAAAUGAAGCCAAGAUGUGUACAGAGUGCUCAGCCCUGAACAAGUCUUACAUGUCCUGGUGUGGAAACUGUGGAGAGGUGCUUAUUGGUGUGGAGGCGAUGGUCGUCAGUUCAAAACCCAGACAGGUUCCUGUCCAGCUCGAGGGAGAAGACAGUGGAUUUGAUGACCGGGUAUCUCCACCCAAGCCCAAGGUGCACUUUGCUGAAGGCCUUAAUCAUGUAUUCAGAAAGAUCCAUGAGAUAGAUUCAGAAAGACUUGUUGAGAGUUCCAGCAGUGAGCGCUGUGAGAAAGGCCAAAAGCUUGAUACUGUAGACAGUGGAAGAGGAGCAUCCAGUGGUGAAGACAGGGAAAAGGCUCAACACAGUGGAAGGAUGGACAAGGAAAUCAUCGACAUUUGUCAGUCCAUAGGAGACCCUGUCAUUCGGAGUUUUCUGAAGUCCUACCUGAGAAAACGGAAUUGGGGAUGUGGGACAUCAAUUCAAAGAAAGAAGACUCCAACAUCCGGAAGUCAGAACAAGGAAAGUAACAAGAUGGCUGUUUCUCGAAGUACAGAGGAAAUGGACAAUUUUAUUGAUAAUCAAGAUGUUUGGCUUCAUGAGGCUAGACCUACCACCUCUGGGGCCAAUGAUCCAGUGUCAGGUGAAAAACCAGGCAAGGCCAUUGACAUCGAAGUGUUUGGUUUGGAAGAUGGCCAGAGCAGUCGCACGGUCAGUCGUAACGGUCACGAGAUUCCACUGCUAGACCUCGGCUUCAGCAGUGACGAGGAAGCUAAACAAGGGAAACAACUGGACCUGUCCUUAACAGACGAAGAUGAAGAUGGUGAUGAACUCCUGGGCAAAGAAAUGGGUCAAGGCGAUGCCCCCCUGUCGGCAGGUUUAGUCAACAAGCUCCAAGCUGAUCCUAGGGUUGUCAGUGUACAUUGUGUGAAGGGUCCCAACAGUGAAAGGAAGAAGAGCCUAAAGGGCAAAAUCAAAAAACCAGGAAAUGUGAAACCUAGCCCAGGAAGAGAUAAACGUUUCCCACAGAACCAGACCCCCAGCAUUGUGCGAGCAUCCAUAGAGGCCAAGCCUCCCAAACGUCACUGGAUGAGAUCGAGCAUUGCCUGGUCUUCCUACAACCAUGGGGAGCUAAGCAAGGACAGAUCUUUACCGCCUCAGGGAAGAAGACGAGGGCAGAAAUCUUGCCAGGGUCUGAUGUCACACAGUGCACAUGUUCAGAAGGAUGGGUCUUCAUCUGCUGACUCCAACGAGGAUAGCCCUUUGCGCUCACAACCCCACCCCCAGAAACGACCUGCCAGUGCUGACAUCCUCAGAAGGAAAGCAAAAGUUGAGACACGGCCAGACAGUGCAGGCGGCAGAAGGAAGAGCUCUUGGGAGGGUCAGCGAGACAUUAACCUGAAAAGCCGAACCCUGAACAUGCGUAAGAUUCUGGGUGUGUUACAGAGUGACGAUGUCACAGAGGUCAGUGGGAUCAGUGCCUCUGCUGAAGGGGAACAGGAACCUAAGGACUUUGUGCCUAUCCCUGUGCCCGUUAAAACAGCUGUAACCACACCGGUUCCCCACCCAGCUGGCGUUCCAGAUCAUGUUACGGCUCAAAGUGCUUAUGACAUGUAUCAUUCUAUGACUCCACGUAUCAGUGAGGGCACUUUUUCCAUUUGGCUGUGCAUACCUGAUGAGAUCCUCCUUUUCAUCUUGUCACACCUGUCGUUAGCAGACCUGGCCAGGUGUGCCAUGGUCUGUAAGCAGUUCUAUAGAGUGGCCAUGGACCAGUCUCUCUGGAAAAGUAUUUCUAUGACAAAACGUCAGGAUCUCUCAGAUGAUAUGCUGGAUGUGAUUGGACGACGCCAACCAAUCAGCUUGUCCCUUAUUCAGUGUCAUGGUAAUAACAUCACUGCUAAUGGUUUACAGAGGAUGUUCCAGCAUUGUGGUAGCUACUUGGAAGAACUGAACAUCAGUCGGUGCAGUCGUGGGGCACUGGUGGGGGAUGUGGUGCUGAGGCAGGCCUCUGUACAGUGUAAACACCUGACUCACCUAGACGUCAGCUGGACAUAUGUGACAGAUAGCGGUCUCUCUACAAUCUGCUCCACAGCUCACAGACUGGAGAGCGUGUGUAUAAAUGGAUGCCCGUCAAUUACCAACAAUGGCCUGGAAACAUUGCUCCGCAAGCAUGGGAAGAGCCUGAGAGUGUUAGAGCUCUGCGGAUGUUUUAACAUCAACCAGACGGGGAUUAGGAGUAUAGCUCACAACUGCCACAAUCUGCUUACCCUCAACCUGGGACAGUGCUAUAAGCUAACAGACUCCUCUGUGGCAGAAGUGACUGGUUCAUUGCCCAGACUUGAAAGUCUUGACAUCAGAGGGUGUAACAGGUCAGUUAGAGAUACCAGUGUGCGGAAGAUCGUGAAGAAUUGUCCUCGGUUGAGCAGUAUAGCCCUAGCCAACUGUCCUCACAUCUCUGACGUGGCUCUCAGUGAAAUUGCCACCUACCUGCCAGGCAUGAAGUGGAUUGAUCUUUGUGGCUGUAAGAACAUCACUGACGAAAGCCUGCGGACUUUGGCUAAGAACUGCCCUAACCUGUACUACCUGGAUAUCAGCUCUACCAGUUGUACAAAGAAAAGCAUUUUGGCCCUUGCUGCUCACUGCAGUAAGAAACUUGAAGUAGCUAAGCUGAAUUUUCUAUCUGAUAUUGAUGAGAACAGCAUACUACGACUAGUAAAGGCUUGUACAAGUUUAAGCACCCUGCAUCUGUAUGGCUGUAAAGGUGUCCAGACCCUGGCGGACAAACUGAAGAAGGAGAGGCCAAACGUUUCCGUGGAGAUGGGCUGAAGCCUUUCCAUUCUUCAACCUCCAAACAUAUUUCUGCACAUUCGCUGUUGAGUUUUUACAUUUUAUAGAAAAGUUUCUAAAUAGUCUUGUCUUGGUAGACGUAGUACUGGUGAUCUGGAGACACCAGGGCCCUCUUGUAAGAAGCCUUCUUAUGAGCACAUGACGACAAUGGCGACGAAAUGCUUACACCACUGGUAGCAAAGGUAGUUAUGUGCGCGUAAUGUUAGGGCUUCGUACGAGCGGGCUCAGAACCAAGAUAAAGUUUCUGUCAUAUGAUGACGACAUCGAAUUCACGUCAUACAUUUACUCACCUGUUGCUUUGUGAUAUUUUCAAUUUUUUUUUAAACAAAACUAUUUUAAAAAUUUUAUAUUUUAAAAAUUGUGAUAAGUGCAGCUCAAGUACAAUCAGAGGGUAUGGAUGUUGUGUGUAUGUAUUUUAAAACAAAUGGUAUCCUGUUUGAUAGUAUUCAGUGUACCUUAUUCACGUAGAAACUACAAUAACUAAAAAACAAACAUAUUGCUUCGUUUCCUAUGUGUUCCAGACUAAAUAGAAAAUCAUUUUUUGGUCACAGUUGUGUCCGGAAAACCAACGUGAUUAAAAUAUUUAUUACUUGGCUGGAUCAAAAAUAUGAAUAAUUCUGGUAGUGAAAAAAGAGAAUAGGAAAAUUUUUCACAUGGUGGCGUUCUCUCGGUAUUUAAGAUUUUUGCCCUUAUUGUUGUGAUUUCCGAUAUUAUGCAGCUGACUGUCAAGUUUCAAAAAACAUUAUGUUUCCUUGUGAAAAACAUGUAAAACCAAUAAAGAACUGAUGUGUCCUCCAGAAGGGGAACAGAAUUGCAUGUAUCAUUGUGAAAAAGGUUUUUAAAUUAUAUUUUAAAUAUGUUUUUUAUAAAAGCUUGGUAAAAUUUUAAUGGCUCUUUGAUCCAGAUAAUAAGUGCUUGGGUUUCAUUUUAUUUCUGUUGUAUUUCACCUGAUAUUUGUGUAGACAAAAAGAAUUUGUUUGCUACCAUAAAAAGUUUCUGAAUUUGAUUUCAUAAUUAUGGCACUGGCAUCUAGAUUCCAUAUUGAUACUUGACAUGGUAUACAAGUGUAAAGUUCACGUUGUUGUUGCAUCAAUCACAGUUCUGAUCUGUGGUAAUACAGUAUUAUCUCAAAAACUGCUGAAAUCCGAGUAUAUUGUUAGACAAAUACACAAGCUUGUUUUUACCGAGGCAUAUUUUUAAAUUAUCUUGCAUAUGUACCUUUCCUUUAUGUGGUCUUUUUUCUGUACCUCUAUUGAUUACGCUCACAGAAAUUUUAUAUAAAUGCUGUAAUAAUUUUUAUGGAAAAUUCAUCCUCAAUUUUUUUCACGCAGAUGUUACAGCAUUUUAGACAUAGAUGUUUUCGUAAUUUAUGUUUUAAGAAUUUUAUUACAAAGUGAAUUGUUAAUUGCACAAAUUGUAAACGGCAACCCAGAUGUAUUAGGGACAAGUAGGAUAGACACGUGUGGUUGCACUUUCUCUCCAAGGAGCUGUAAUAAAGUCUACUAAAAGUUACUGGCUCUUUGCAAAAUUAUCUCAUCAUUUUUGAAAAACACCAAAAUGUAACUUACAAUACAGCUUUAAAUGUAACUUAAAAUGCAGCUAUCGAAAACAUUUUACGGACUAUGUAUUGUAAAGGAAUAAGUGACUUCCUGAGAUUUUAGAAAUAAUGUGUGAAUAAAAAAAUAAAAGCUGAAAUUAGUGAAUACAUGUAAAUGUUGCAAAUUAAAAAAAGACAACCAUAUUGCUUUGCUAGCUAACUUCAGGUAGAUCGUUACUAAAAUUAAAUUUUGAUCGUUGAUUUAUUCUGUACACGUGUACUUGGUUAGGUAGAUACACGUGUCCUUGCAGGUAUGCGUAUGUGUAUUGGUUCUGAAAAAAUGUCGAGUCGAAAAUGUACGAGACUUAAGAGAGACAUUCACGUGCCUUGAGUCUGUUAAAUUUUAAUCUUGUAACUUCCACGUGAAGCCAUGUUUUAUGCAAGACUGUUUAGUGUUGAAUGAACCUAACCUGCCAGCUUUGUCAGUUCAGUAUUGCUUGUAAUUUAAUAAAGUUGCUGUUAG